AUGUUGAAGAAUGGGCCUGCCUCUGUCUUGUUUGGCUCUUUGGCCGCAGUUCUCAUGCUGAUUCUGUGGUACUUUCAGAUCUUACCCAGCGUCAUCAAGAGGACCCCCGGGCCUGCCGGGUACAUGGACUAUUCUUUCUGGUGCUUCUCUGCGGCAGUCGUCGUGGCGUUGUUGAUGUUGAUUCUGUGGCGGCCCCGUGGGCGUAUUUUUGUGGAUCGCGUAUGCAUCAAUCAGGCCGAUGGGCGCAUGAAGGCCGAAGGGAUUUUGAACAUUGGGGCAAUGCUGAAGAGGUCAUCGUCAUUGCUGGUGAUUUGGGACGAGUCCUAUGUCGAUAGGCUGUGGUGUAUUUUUGAGCUGGCUGCCUUUUUACAAAGCCAUCCUGAAGCUUCCGCCAAAGCUGUGCAGGUACGACCGGUCUUGCUGGGAUUUGCCGCUGCCUCCACUGCGGUGGCGAUCAUACUGGCUAGCAUCGCCUUCUUGUUCGUGCCCCUUGACAGUCCCUGGGUUGUUUGGUCGAUCCUGUGCCCCGUGGUGUGCGGUGAAGGCUACGUCCUGAUUUGGGCCUUUAGGAAUUACUUCCGUGCGCUGGAGUCCGCGAACCGCUCUUUGCAACACUUUCGUCUUCAAACGGCUCACUGCUGGUGCUGUAGUGUUGACCAUGUGAACCCCUCGACGGGGCAGAGCAUCGCCGUUUGUGAUCGGGAGAUUGUCCGCCAGUGCGUCACGACUUGGUUCGGCUCGGAGGACGCCUUCGAUGAAACGGUGCGCUCCUCCGUGAAGCGGGCGCUGGCGGAGCAGCUGGGCGUCGACGCCUUUCCCUACGUCUGGGUGGUGUCCUCAACUGUACCUUUGAUUUGGGUGUGCAUGGAUGCCACUGUCAGCAUCGCAGCAGAGGAGCACGAGCGAAUUCUGCUGGCCUUCAUGGUGCUUCGCUGUCUCGCCUGGUGGCUUUGGGGCAUUCCCAUCGUGGCCACACUAGGGCUCACCGCAGCGCGGCGCUUUCACGCCCCCGGCCGAAGCUGUGUGGAAGAGCUUGGGAAGAAUCUCCUGGUGCUCCUGGUCGUGGCCCCCGGGGCUGCUCUCUUGAUGGCUUGGCACGUUGGCUUGGAGCUGGCUUUCGGCUGGUUUGCGACUGCUUGGCUGAGCGCUCCGCAAGAGACCUUAGGCUCCGUGGUGUUCGCGGCCGGUUGCUUUGUAGCCUUUGUUUUGGUGCGGAUUGCCUACCGCUGUGCCAACCGGCGCUACAUGGAAACCGUGAAUGCGAGCACGUGA